GUAAAAUAUCAACCUCCACCUUUUUUCCUUUCCAAGUAAAAAACCCAUGAAGCAACCCUAUUAUCUCUCUCCAUCGCUCACAUCUCUGUUCAUAUUCUGAUGGAAAAGACAUCCAUGUCUCUUAGAUUGGAGCAACGAAAUGUGUGUCUCCCCCAAUUGAAAUUUGCAGCAAGGAAGUUAGGGCAUGGAUCUUUUGCGCUCAUCUCCACAUGGAAAUAGAGCCUCUCUCCCCCAAAUUGCAGCAAGGAAGUAAGGUUUCUUUUUGCCAGCCUGGAUUCAAUUCUUUUCAGUUUUCUCAAACCCUCAACCAAGAGGGGAAGGGGUGGUGGAUAUGGAGAAGGAUGAAGCUCCUGUUGUGGUUGCUGCCGUCGCAACUGGUCGAUGUUGUCCAUGAUGUGCCAUGGAGGGAAGGUAAUCUUGAAGAACGAUUAUCUCGCAAAGACAUUGACCAUCCACUCAGCGCAACACAAGGAUGGAAUUGCAGUCUGAAAGUUGUGGUACUGAUGUGGAAACACCAUAAAAACCGUAUGAUUCUCCAACAUAAAGUAUCUUCUAAUUUCAUUUGAGGAUGCGCACAUGGUGUAUAUGGUGCUGAAGGAAGCCUAGGAACAAGCAUCUUUACAAAAGACGUGGAGAAGAUGGUGUCCAAGAAAAGGAAAAGCAGGGAAGUAAACCAUGAUUAGUUCAGAGUGAUGUGAAAGCAGAUUUUCUUUCAACAAUAGGUGGAUUCUUAAGAUAAUAGGUGUACAGCGCAAGAGCUAUGAUAAGGCCUAACAUGGUUGCUGGAAGAUAUAUUUGUACAAUAAGAGGCAUGCACAUACAGCUGUAGUUAAUAUGAGAUUAAAAAGAUUUAAUAAGAUAUUCAAUCCGGUGGCUGAAUGGAAAUUGCAGAACAAAUUUCUGUAAGCUAGCAGCCCAACAGUUUGU